AUGUCGAAUGCACCGGAGAAUAGCGUGGCCGAAGCCCACAAGAUCUUCUACGAUCAGGGUUUUCAGAUCCGGAACGAAGUUGCGGGCUCCGAACAUGUCCAACGAUCUCUUCAAAACAACUCGUCCGACUUCGCUCGGCCGAUGCAAGACCUGGCUACGGAGGUGGGAUGGGGAAUGAUCUGGGCCCGACCGGGACUUGCGUAA